AGCCGCGCGUCGCGUCGCGUCGCCCCGUUCAGAAUCCCUCCGUGAAUAUCCCGACGACGAUCCGCUCCGAGCAGUCCGAGCUCCGAGCCGACAAGUCGCGGCGAGUCCCUCGGAUCCGAGCGCGCGGAACGCCGUAGGUAGUGCAGGGCCUGCCGCCGUCAUCCCCGCGUCUCACGGCCCAACCGGGAUCCACCGUCGACCAUGAGCGUGCGUUGCUGCCUGGUCAGCGCGGGUCGCCUAGCCUCCUCCAACCAUGUCACCAGUCUGAGUCAUGUGCACAAAAUCGUCAGGGUCGUCGUGGCCAGCAGAGCCCUGUCGAUCAGCGGCAGCUUGGGCAAGGCGCCUACGGAGCCUACGCCACCCUCCAAGGACACCGUCUCCUCGAGCGGUUCCUCCAGCAAUGGCACUGGCGGCGGGAAGAAGAACACUCUCACCUGUCCCAAAUGCGGAGAUCCCUGCACGCACGUCGAAACGUUUGUCUCAUCCACAAGAUUUGUCAAGUGCGAAAAGUGCCAUCAUUUCUUCGUCGUGCUGUCUGAGAUUGACUCAAAGAGGAGUAUGAAGGAAGCGCUCAGGCCGGAAGAUGGCAAGCAAGGAUUUUACAGGAAGCCUCCUCCACCUCCAAAAAAGAUAUUCGAGUAUCUAAACAGACACGUUGUGGGCCAGGAAUAUGCAAAGAAGGUGCUGAGUGUCGCCGUUUACAAUCAUUACAAGCGUAUUUACAACAAUCUGCCGGCCCAAAACUCGCAGACGCAAACUAACGUUAAUCCGGUCAGCACACAGGAGACAAAUCAUCCCUUCACUCACAGAGGUCCUAAACCACACUUACUGCAUAUAUCAGGCAUCGGAAAUCCAUUUCCAGGAGUCGGGUUUCAGCACACGGUGAAUCCGGGAAGUGAACAAAAGGCGAGCAGUCAGUCGGCUCCUGGAUCAGCUAUAUUAGACAGCAAGCAGCAUCAGCUGAAACUGGAAAAGAGCAACAUACUGCUGCUCGGGCCUACGGGUUCCGGCAAAACGUUACUCGCGCAAACGAUAGCGCAAUGCCUGGACGUCCCGUUUGCCAUCUGUGAUUGCACCACUCUCACGCAAGCCGGCUACGUCGGCGAGGAUAUAGAGAGUGUCAUAGCCAAGCUCCUUCAGGAUGCCAACUACGUAGUGGAUCGUGCUCAAAUGGGCAUCGUCUUUUUGGACGAGGUCGACAAGAUAGGUGCCAUCCCCGGAAUCCAUCAGUUGCGUGACGUGGGCGGGGAAGGUGUGCAGCAAGGAAUGCUGAAAAUGUUGGAGGGGACGAUUGUGAACGUACCGGAAAGAAAUAGCUCGAGAAAGUUGCGUGGGGAAAUGUUGCAAGUGGACACUACGAAUAUUCUUUUUGUUGCGUCAGGCGCCUACAGCGGCUUGGACAGGUUGAUAGCGCGGCGCAAAUCGGAAAAAUAUCUUGGAUUUGGCGCGACGCCCGCGGCUGAGAGCCCGGGCAGGAGGGCGGCGACUUUGGCCGACGUCGCCAAUAUGUCACCUUCCACCGAGAGGGACAAUAAGGAGAAGGACGCGCUAUUACAACAAGUGGAAGCCCGAGAUCUCAUCGACUUUGGCAUGAUACCCGAGUUCGUCGGCAGAUUCCCCGUGCUCGUGCCUUUUCACACUCUCGACAGAGACAUGCUGGCGAGAAUUCUUACCGAACCAAAAAAUGCCAUCGUUCCUCAGUAUCAGAUGUUGUUCUCAAUGGACAAGGUGGAGCUGACGUUCGACAUACACGCAUUAAAUGCAAUUGCCUCUUUAGCAAUGGAAAGGAAAACGGGGGCGCGGGGGUUGCGAGCAAUAAUGGAAUCGCUGCUUUUGGAACCGAUGUUCGAGGUACCAGGGAGCGACAUAGUGUCCGUUCAUAUUACAGAACAGUGCGUGAACGGCGUUGACAAGCCACAGUACGUGAAGCGAGACGAUAGCAAUGAUGAUGACAUUCAGCAGGCGCAACAUGUACAUAAUUAACAAAUAAUUAAAGAAUGCGACACUUUGGUAUAACUGCUCCCUUAUCGAUAGAUGGACAAUUUUUAGGCGAAAAUUAAAUUAGCUCAUUUGCGUAAAUCGUUAUUUUAAUUAUUUUAUUUUAUAAAGAACGUAAUAUAUUUUCCUAUACAUGUAAUUAUUUCGUAUAAAACGAAAAUGAUAUGAGAACAACGCAUACAUAGUUUUCAAACUGUUUUGUAUAUUUAGAAUAUUUCUGAAAUUAUAAUAAUUUUUUUGCUACAGUGAAUUCUUCGAUUUUGGAUAUUAUGUAUAAUAUUGGACAUGUUUGCUGCAUUAUUAAUUAUACAGAUAUUGUUUAACGUAGCAAAAGGAGGAAUAUAUAUGUGAAUAUAUGUUCCUCCUUUUCAUAUGUAUCUUUUUGUUCCCAAAGAAAAUCACGAAAGCCACUUUAUAACAGAACCACAUUUGUUGCAGAAUAACAGUAAUAUAGACAUGAAUGCCAAUAUAUUGUAUUUAAAAUAAUUAUUUGAUUUCACAAUAAGAAUGAUAUUGCAAAUUGUAAGUCAUAUGUGUCUUGCAUUUUGCCUACUUGGAACAUGCAUUAUAAAUGCCUCUUCCAAGAGAAAGUGUCGCAUAAAAGUAGAAAACGUCAGAGAAUAAUGAGAAUAUACAGACCUAAUUCUUACUUGACAAUGGGAAAAAUGUAAAUAAAUUUUGUAUCGUUUAAUUCAUUCGUAUUGCAGGGAAAGUCAGAAAAUCAUACAUAAUAGCAUUCCACGUCCAAUCGAGUUUCGCAUCCUGCAUGCAUUUAUUGAUGGUAACAUCAAAAGUAAAGCGGCGUAAUAUGCGUUCGUAUCUAAUAGCAGAAUAUCGCAAAGAAAUUAAAAAAUAUAUAUACGCAUUCAAUCAUAUCAACGUCAUCAAAUCCCAAUUUGACAACAUAAAUGCUAUACAUUUGACGUGGGUAAAGCGAACUUCCAUUACGAUGUAAACUGAUUAAAUGGACUGGCUUAAGAUGCGGAAAACAAAAGAUUCCAAUCAAUUAAAUACGAAAUUGUAACAAGCCAUACAAUAAAGAGAGUUUUAAUGUAACCUACACAUAAUAAAUUUUUGUAUAUUGUCACGCCAGGAUUGUUUGUAAUGAAGAUCACUAUUGUUACGCGUUGUUUAUGAAAAAUUCAGAAAAAGAACAAUUGUAGCGCAAUAGUUUUAAUGAACACGACAUUAGCGUUCGUUUCCCGGAUAAUGGAAGAACGUCAAUUAUAAAAGAAGACGAAGAAAGUGAAGAAUAUAAAGAGAUUAUUUUUAUGUCAAAACAAUAGAUAGAAGUGUUCAUGUGUAAUAUAUUGUACAUAGUACAGUAGAUUAGUGAAAAGGAAGGUCCGUACGAUGUGCGAAUUAUACAAUUAUUAAUUUGACUAUAGAGAGUAUAUACAUCCUCGUUAAUUUAUCGCUAAUUUACUUACUGAUUAAAACGAUGCAAAAGAAGAAAGAAAAAAAAACCAGGCUGUGCAAAAUAAUAACACGGAGUGAAGACACUUGCAUAGAAUUUUUUUCCUAACUCUUUCACAGUGAUCUGAUGUCCUAUAUAGAACAAUUCUGUAUUUGUAAUAAAUCUAUAAUAUGCAACUAUA